GGUUAUUACAGAAGCUGUUGCUUGGCAAUAUCAGCAGCAGCAUCGGUGUCCCUAGAGAGCGCGCGAGAAUAGAAGCACAGGAUGCGCACGCCCAACACACACGAGCGCCGCGCGACCGUUCACAUCUCACCAAACACAACUGCCAAUCGCUUUAAAGUUACACUCCGACCGCAGAUAGGCAUUUUAUCGCAGGCUAGGUUUUAUUUACGUGCCAUGGUUCAGGUACUAACUCGGUACUGAAAUUGAAACCGUUGAAUUCAGCCAGCCCAAACGAAGUGGAGCGCCUGCAGCGGCACAUUUGAGACAUAUGAAGAUUGUUGAGGUCCCACCGUCAGGGCCGUGCGUCACAGGCCGUGAUGUUGGUAGAGUGUAGGGUUCUGGAGGCUGGCUGUGGAGGCAGAAGGAGGUCCCUGUGCUCAACGGUCAUGAGACUCCCCUGCUCCUUCUGGUUCCUGCUGCUGUUAGGCGCUGGAGGUCUUCUUCUGCUACACCUACAGGACCUCACAGAGACACUCCAGCAACAAAGCCAAGGUGCAAAGGUCAUAUUCUCCCAAGUGCAGGCCAUAAGAAAGGAACAGUGUCCUUAUUGUCUUGACAAUGACAGACAGUCUGAUCCAACAGAAGACAACUUUCCUAGACCUGUGCAGCCAGUGCAACUUCCAGUCUUCCCAUGGGUCCAGCGUUCUUCUCUAAUCAACCCUAGAGACAUCACUGCUUCCCAUGUCACAAAGAGCCACCGUAAACUCCUCCUUAAGAGCAGCCCACUUGUCCAGCAGCUCAACGCCGACCCUCCUGGCCAGAUCAGGAGCAGUCCAGAGCGACUGACUCAGGUGCAGAGCUCCCGUCUGAGGCUUAUGAGAGAGGUAUGUGCCAAAUACACAAGCGGAACCGCUAAACAGACUAUAACCCGUAUGCACGUGUCCCGUAUCUUUGUGGAGGACAAGCACAAACUCCUCUACUGUGAGGUGCCUAAGGCAGGCUGCUCCAACUGGAAGAGGGUGCUCAUGGUGCUUCAAGGUCUCGCUUCUUCCACAGGAGAGAUCCAACAUGACGAGGUGCAUUAUGGGAAUCACUUGAAGCGUCUAGACUCGUUCAAUCAAAAGGGCAUCAUCCGGCGUCUGAAGACCUACACCAAAGUCCUGUUCCUGAGGGAACCUUUCGAAAGGCUAGUGUCUGCUUUUCGGGACAAGUUUGAGAGUCCAAACUCGUACUACCACCCAGUGUUUGGGAAGCCCAUCAUCUCAAGAUACCGCAGCAAUGCGACGCAGUAUGCCUUACGAACGGGAGAGGGUGUGACCUUCAAGGAGUUCAUCCAGUAUUUGUUAGACGUGCAUCGGCCGGUUGGCAUGGACAUCCACUGGGAGCCUGUUGGACAUCUCUGCAGCCCCUGUCUGCUGGACUAUGAUUUCAUUGGGAAAUUUGAGACUCUGGAGGAAGAAGCCAAUUUCCUUUUGAGAAAAAUUGGUGCUCCUAGCAAUUUAACAUUCCCUAGUUUUAAAGACAGGAACCCUAAUGCAGAAAGGACAUCUUCGGAAAUCACAAAGAGAUAUUUUGCACAGCUAAAUGUGACGGAGAGACAAAGGGCAUAUGACUUUUACUACAUGGAUUAUUUGAUGUUCAACUACUCCAAACCGUUUAAAGAUUUAUACUGAGGCCUUUUACAGUUAUCUGAUGAACUUGUGUGUUGGCCUGAUGUUCAUAUUUUGUCUUAGUGAGGUUAUUUUAUUACUUUAAAAUGUUGUUCAUUUGUUAACAAAUUUUAAUGUUAAAUAUUAAUCACACUAUAUUUAUAUCUGCAGGCUGGUCCUUGCGUUUAUCUUGUUAUUUGCCAAACCUAUUUAAUUCUAUUCAGUAAGAAAUCUCUUGAAGGAUAGUUCACCCAAAACUGAAAAUUUGGUCAUAAUUUGGUCUUAUGUCAUUCCAAACUUGUGUGAACAAAAAUAUUGUAAAGAAUGUACUUAUUUUAAGUAAAAUUAAAGCCAAUGGGGUCCAAACCAACAUCUGGACAAAAACAACAACAACAAAUUAAAAAAACAGAAUAUCUUCUUUUUUUUUCCACAGAAAAGGGUAAGCCAUAUUGGUUUGGAAUGAAUGCUGAAGGUGAGUUAUGAAAUGCGAAGGUUACUCAUAUGAACGUGAGUGAGUACAAUUUUCAUUUUUGGGUGAACUAUCCAACACGUUGUGUAUGAUUUGGCUCAGUGUGUCAUGUUUUCUCAGACUGUCUAGAAUAUAAUAGAAUAGACUACUAAGAGUGUCAUGAUGUUAUUAAUUAAAGUGUUGCAGGUUGCAAGUUGUUUUAACACUAGUCCAGCUUUUCUUUGAGUAUCACUUUACUCAAUAUAACACACCGAAACAUUUUCAACAAUGUUACGUGACAUUUGCAGAUUGUUGCUGGAUUUGGUCUGGUACAUCUGGUAAUGAUAAAAUCGAAAUUUUGUGAAUGUAUAAGAACAGUUUGUCUACAGUAUGUCAUGUAUUAGAGCAUGACCUGCUACACCUUUGCCUUACUUUCACAUUCUCAUAUUAUGACAUUUUCUGUAUAUCAAUAAAUGUUAACACCAUCUUUUAAUGUUAGUUAGAUGACAUCUCUGCAUUAUUGCCUUUUUUAUUGUUAUAAUGAUGUAUAAAAUACCAGUCAUUUCUAGUCUCCUAGGCCCUGUUUACACCUGGUAUUAAGAUGCGUUUUGGUCGAUCGGAUCACAAGUGGACGAGAGGCACAUACCCGUUUACACCUGGUGUUUUAAUCCAUCUCUUACAGUAUGUCCACUUUUGAUCACUUCUGUCCUGAUGUCUUUGAGGAUUCAGGUCUAUGGGCAGGUAAAUGUAUGGGCUUUUUCAGAUCUUUCGAUCUAAUAGGCGAAAUAACUGCAUGCAGUUUGCAUAUGAACACAACUGGAGAUGUCUGGAAAACUUACAGAGAUCAUCAGCUUUCGUUUCUGCUCUGAGUGCAUGUUAGAAAAAAUAAAUGUUUAGAGAACAUUGUGCUUAGUACAUUUUUCAUCUUCAACCCGAACUUAUGGUUUAGCCGGCAAAGUUUAAAUCCCGGCUG